AUGUUCGGCAGUAUCCUCGUGGGGCCCCUCACUAUGUGCAGCAGAGGUGGUGGCGCUCCACGACGCGGCAAAGGCUUGUUAGAGAUACAGUACUUGGUGUCAACCAACUGGCGGCCGCCCAAGCUAACAAUUCGCACUUUCGACGAUCUCCGCUGGCGAGCUCGGCUCCUGCAGCAUUAUGAUCCAGCCAAGCUGCGAGUGGCCAAGGGAGUGGUGGAACCCAAGGAUGCGAGAGCGCUGCUACCACCUCAUGCAGCUCAGAGGCUCCGACGCUACAAGACGUGCAUCGAGCUGUCCGCCGAGGAGAUCGAGGCCAAGUUCGCCUCCGAGCCCUCGCCCAAGCCCUACUGGGACCCCGUGCUGCGGCGCAACAAGCGAGCCCGGCACGAGCUGUUCGAGCGUCUCCUCUCCUCGGGCAUCCUGGUGCCUAGGAGGCGUCUCAAGGGCCGCAUCGAACUCUUUUUUGUCAAGAAGGAGGGGGCCAUUCGCCUCGUCGUGGACGCCCGAUACCCGAAUGCCUGCCACAAGCCGCCGCCCACCACGCAGCUGGGGACCGCGCAGUCCUUCGCGGAGCUCAACCUGGCCGAGUUCGCGGACGUGGCGGCGGAGAUGGCGUCUCAUUGUGUUCUGCCUGGUGCUGGGGGUGUUCCAGCUCUGGAUUUUCACCAGAGUGGCGCCGACGUGCGCGACGGCUUCUACCAGUUCAGCAUCGUCGAGGUGGCCGACUGGUUCGGGAUCGACGAGUCGUUCAGCAAGGGGAGUUUAGGCAUCACCAGGGUGUUCGACCCCGAGCUGGGCGUGGACGUGGAGCUGGCCAAGCACGAGUCUUUCUACCUCUGCAUGGGGGCCAUGCCCAUGGGAUGGUCGUGGGCCCUCUACUUCUGCAACGAGGCGGUGGCCUCCCGCGCGGCGGCUGUGGCUGCCGACGGGUGGGGUAGCUUGCUCCGAGAGCGCGCUCCAGCCCCCCGCCUGGUCCCUGGUCGGCCCGUCCACGCCGUGUACGUGGACAACCGCGCAGGGCUGGGGCAUAGCGCCACGGACGCGGAGCAGGCCCACCAGGACUUCCGCGCGCAGUGUGCCGCCUUCGGCCUCGACCUCCACGAUGAGGUCCCCUGCAGUCCCUAUCUCGAGGCUCUCGGGCUGCAGUUUGACGGGCCAGGCCGCCGCCUGCGGCAUCGGUCCGCCCGCCUCUGGCGCUUCAAGCUGGCAACUGCAGCUCUGCUUCGCCGCCGUGUGGUGGCAGGAUGGCAGCUCGAGAUCUGGCUGGGCCACGCCGUUCACAUGUGCGGCCUCUGCCGACCCCUCCUGUCGAUCCUGUCACAGAGCUACGCCUACGUCGCGGCUCACAAGGAGAGGUCAGGCCGCUUGUGGCGAGGCGUACGGCGCGAGCUCUGGCUCAUGUCCAACCUGGUCUUCACCUGCGAGGUGGAGCUGGACGCGCCGUUCAACUCGUCGGUCUACCUCGGCGACUCGUCGGGCUACGGCUACGCUCUCAUGGAGACGAAGGGCACAGGCGACGAGCUGCUGGAGGACUUCAAGUGGAGGGAGCGCUGGAGGACCGCCUGGGAGCCGCUGGGGGCUCGGACUCGCCUGGCGCAGUGGGCCGUCGAGGCUGCCCGCACUGCCGAGGUCGGGGCCGAUCCCAAGCGAUGCAGACGGCGGCGCUCGGCCCGAGGGGCCGCGCCGCGGGAGGAGGUGGAAGGCUUCGAGGCCAUCCCCGUGGUCGGCGCCUGCUGGGACAAUAGGCGGCGCUGGCGUACGUUGGUGGAGGGCUUCUGGCACUGGAAGCAGGGACACAUCAACGUCAAGGAGGCUAGGGUCUGUCUCAUGGGUCUCCGACGUAGCUUGCGGACCAGACGGGGCUGCCACCGCCGGCUGCUCACCCUGUCGGACAACCUCGUGUCCGCCGUGGUGUUCGACCGCGGCCGCUCGUCGAGCUGGGCGCUCAAUGCGCUGUGCCGCCGAGCCGCGGCUUAUCAGAUUGCCGGCUGUGUGGCAUGGCGGGUUUGCCACAUCCGCACGGACAGGAACCACGCGGACGAGGGCUCCCGUUGUCCCCGAGUACCGCGAGUACUGGUACCCACGAGACUUGAGGGCGGGGCGCCCGCGGCCUCUCAGCGGAUGGGAGGCCGCCGCCUGAACGCGCCUCGACAUCAUGGCGCGCCCCAGGCGGUCCAGGCCUCGCUCGAGCUCUUCUCAGGCUCAGGCCGGCUCACCGCCUCUCUCAGGCGCUUGGGGCUGCGAGUCCUGCCAGGCGCCGAGAUCAGGCGCUCCGCCCGAUAUGAUUUGUCACGUCGAACGACGCAGCGAGCUGUGCUGCGUUGGAUUCGGAGUGGGAAGCUCUGGUACGUACAUCUGGGGACAGCGUGCUCCGCCUGGUCAGUCGCCCGCUCCACGCCUUAUAACAUCGAGCGGGCGCGGCGGUUGGAGGCAGUGUCUGUCGACAUGGCGCUCUUCACAGCUGAGGUCAUCAAAGGGUGUGACCGCUGUGGCGUACUGUGGUCGCUGGAGAAUCCUGCCAGCUCGAAGUUGUUUCGCUUCGAGCCCCUUGCUGUCCUUGCCAGUCUGCCAGACGCCCGAUACGUCUCGUUCGAUCUUUGUGGAUUCGGAGAAAAUGUUCGCAAACCGACCACCGUCUUCACCAACGCCAUCUGUCUGGACAUCCUGGGGAGAAGAUGUGAUGGGUCACACCGCCAUGAGCCUCUGCAGGGUGGGCUCAAGGCUGGAGCCUACUCGCCCGCCCUCUGCCGAGAGUGGGCUGCCGCGCUAUGCUCGGCGGCGCCUCCUCAGGCCUUCGGCGACUCCGAGCCGCUCGCCUCCGAGUGGGACACGGAGCUGGAGGCGCUGGUGCCGCGGUCGCAUGGUGCUGCAGCGAAAUUCGGCGAGGCUCACGGCGGGGCUGACGCCGAGAGCCGCGGGCAGCACUUCCUCGCGCACCACGCCGCGGCCCUGAGGCCGCCGCAGCGGCAGCAGGGCCGUGCGGCUGUCGGCGAGGAGAAGGAGCGGCUGGCGGUGGCGCGCAGGGCGCGGGUCCCGCCGGCGGCGCGCGACGACUUUCUGCGGCUCGGGACCAUCCGUGACUCCACGAAGCGGCUCUACUCAGACGCGCUCGGCAGGUUCAAAGGCUGGGCGAAGUCGAGGCACUACGAUCUGGGUAGCUUCAGCUCCACGGACUCGGCGAUGGAGCAGUACUUCACUGACCUGUACUUCGAGGGGUCUGGUCCCGCCGAAGGCCGCAACGUUCUCUACGGCUAUAUUCACUUCGAGACGCACCUGGAUCGGAACAAAGCCAACCUCUUCCCGAAGGCGGCGAGGGCGCUUCGAGGGUGGACCACUCGGGCUCCCCAGCGAGUCCGAGAUCCCAUCCCCUUCGGCGUCGUCUGCCUGAUCGGCCUCUACUUCCUGGACAAAGGCCUGACCGACGCCGCCGUGUGCCUGGCUCUGCAGUUCGACUGCUACCUGAGGCCGGACGAAGCCGCGUCGCUCCUCCUGUCCUCGGUGCUGCCGCCUGCUCCCCGGGCUGGCCGGCGCUACGCGCGGGCCUGGGCGCUGCUCCUGGGCGAGGCCGAGCACGCAGCGCCCACCAAGACUGGGGUCGUGGAUGGGACAGUGGUAAUCGGAGAGCUGCAACGAUCCUGGGUGGCGGAGGCGGUAGGCCUUUGGUACCGUAUGGGCAGUGCAGCUCCCUACAUGUUCGAUCUGACUCUCUCCAAGUAUGAGUACCCUGAUUUGAAGGGCGACUACGAAUACCAGCUGCGCUUGGCCGAGAGCGUCGUCGGCGGCCCGAUGACUUCGCACUUUCCUGGCGGCCAGGCGCGCUGGCGUGCUUGGCCGCUAGACGACGCGCAAUUGCGAGCAGUUCGAGCGUCUGCGGGGGAACCUUUCACGAUCGUCUCGCCCGCCACCUUCGCUCGCGCAGUCGGCGUGGCCCCGAAGAUCGUCAGGGUGGUCCCUGACGCGCGGGCGGAGGCGCUCGCGCUGCAGGACGCUGCAGCCGCCGACGUGGACGUGGCCGUCGCUCCGCCCGAGGUGGGCAUCGUGGAGGUGCAGCAGGCCGCCCCGCCUCGUGGCGACGCCGCUGGCUCAUUGGGUGACGUUCGGAGGAAUCUGGCGUCGAUGGCAGGGCCUCACCUUGGUGGCACUGUGGGCCACCGCUGGGCCCCUCACGGUAUCCUUUGUUGCUUGAGCUUGGCAUUCCAACUCAAGCCGUCUGCGAAGUUAUCUGACUUGCUCGCCAUGGUUGUCCAGAUGUUCUACAGGAGGGAUGGGUCGCAGCUGGUGAACGAGAUCCGCCAUGGGAGGAUUCCGUUUCCUUCGUCAAAGUUGAUGCGUCAAGCUCGCAUUCGUUUGGAUGUGCUAGCGAUUCUAUAUGAGCGUGAGUUAAACAAAGAUUUUAAGCUCAUGAGGUACUUGUUAGUAGAUGGUAGUAAGCAGCUUGGUAGGCAUUUCUCGUGCACCCGAGAAGACCGCAUACGUGAUCCACGAUCAGAGUUUGGGAGUCCUGGCUUCAUGGUGAGGCAUGACCUGAACGAAGGCUUCGAAUCCAGAGUCUGCCCGCUUUCGACAACUGGCGAGGGGCACUCCGCCGCUUUAAAGAAAACGUUUAAUGUCACGAGCAGGUUUCUCAUGGAGUGCGAGCGCGAGUCCGAUUUCGAAGAACGUCGGUGCGAGGUCUUCGGCAUUACAACUGAUCAGGGGGCUGAGGCAAAGAUCCACGAGCAAGCAGCAAACAUAGUGCCUGUCUUGGAUGGGAAAUAUGCUGCGCUUGAUCCCAGGAGUUGGUUGUGGCCGUUUGUGUUGUUCGUGACUGGGCACCUUCACUUAUUGUUCAACGCGUUGGAGGAGGCAUGUAAGCAGGUCAGCGUCGCGACCGAGUUGUUCAGUAACCUGGCGACGAUGCGCAAGUUUUUGGGUGAUGGUGGCAUGCGUGAAAAGUUCCAGAAGCAUUAUUGUAUCGGUCGGGCUUGCGCUGGGAAGUUCAAUCACUUUGUAAACCACCAUAUUGACUGGCGCUGGGAAUUCAUGGGCCCUGCGAUUAUUGCUGUCAUGGCAGCAUGGCGUGAUGUUUGCGACAACUUUAACGCAGCAGUGAUGGCGGCCAGCGAGACGGGGAGACUUGAUCGGCAGAUAUUGGAUGAGGUGGCACGCGUCGUGGGUGAUCGUUGGGCGUUCGCUGCAGUCGCGGAGAUGUUCAGGCUGUUCGCCGCCAUCGUCGAGAAAUAUGCUAGCCGACUGGAAGGGUGUGAAUGUCAUUCUUGGGUUUGGAAGCGCAAGCGAAAACACUCCAGACAGUUGAGCGAUCUUGGGAGACUGACUGGCUUUAAGCACUGUGUCUGGAAAGGCCGCCAGGCCGCUUGGUGGGUUGCCGUUGGGCUGGAUCAAAUGCUGUCCGACCUGGCGAGCCCCGUUUCUAAAGAUUUGGAUGCCAUUGUAAGCCGUGUUGAUUUAGCUCGCAAUGCGGAGAUCCUGAAGUGGGUGAAGGAACUGUCAGGCAUGUUGAUUGAGAUCGUGCGACAGAAGAUGCAGUUUUGGAGGCGUAUCCCUUGGCUUGUCGCUGGCGUACUCUGGGGCGCGUUGAGGAGCGAUCCGACUGAUCAGCGCUUGAAUGAUUGUCCAAUGGCGUGCGCCGCCAUCCUUUCUUACGCUCUGGUGCCGCUGGCGGAGAGGAACGUGGAGAGCAUGCACGCUAGAAUCAGCUCUUUGGGGCGCACAAUGACGUGCGUGCAUGCGCCGACGGUGUGUGCUCGUCUGCGCGAGCCCACGCACAUAGCGUCGCUGCAGUCCUCAGAGGCGUUCCAUUCGUUCUGUUGCAUGAACUACAGGAAGCUCAAGCUGUUCGAUUGCGCCCUGCAGAACAGGUUCACUACAUCCGAGCUUGAUGGGAUGUCAAAUCGGGAAAAGCUCCAUGCUAUCUACAUGUGCGAUAUCGGCUCGAAGUACCAGAACAUGGACCCCCAGAGAGACAGCUGGCAGAUAUGGAAGGAUGGCAUAGACUCCAUGAAGAUGAGGUUGCCCAUUGCUUAUGGUAACCCGACACCUGAGAUCAAACAUGCGGUCCAAUUCAUCAAGGGCCUGUUCUGCCAGCACGGGUACUACAGUCUCCCCGUGGAACUUUACAAUGCCAUGGCUUCGCCAGGCGUGGAGAUCGUAGAGUUUGUCGACCAGGACGUGUCCCACCAUAUUCUGGACAUGGCGCACGGCGAGGUUGGUGAAUUUGAUGCCCAGUCAUUCGUAUCUGAUUGGUGCAACGUCGUCUUCUUCAAGGUGGUCAACGUGCGCCCAGUGGCUCGACAACACAUGUACGUCCCACACGUGUUCCACACCAGGUCCAACGUUGCCGUCCUCCGCUGCGAUGUCGCCGGCACCGACGAGGGCAUGCGCGUGGUCGACUCGGAUUCCGUUGCUCACCAGUCCGUGGACCCGAUGGCGCUCGAUCGCUGUGAUUUCGAGGCUCUGCGUUUGUUGGAGGGCUGCGGGGUUGUCCAGAGGACCGAAGACGUGUUCCAUGAGUCCCGUUACUCCAUCAACCUGGAUUGCAUUCGCCAGACCACUCACGUGUACUUGACGCGCCCUCUCCCACUUUGGCGGUGCGAGCUGCCUCGCCGCCCGCUCAUGUCGCUGCCGAAGCUGUGCCGCGUGGUGCGGCUGCGCGAGGGCGGUUGGGUACCGAGCGCCGCGCGGGCUGCCGUGGGCCCAGGCGGCCCCCGUGAGCACGUGGAGGAGUUCUCCAGGCCUGUGUCGCACUGCGUCGCGCUCCGCAGUUGCGAUGCCAUCUUCUCGAAGGGCGUGGCGGAGAUCUGUCGGCGAAGGGGCAGCAACUAUUGCAAAUGUUUGCUGCGCCUCGAUGGCGACGCCCUCCGAGCGAUGAUGGAGCGGCUGGCAGUGGAGGACACUGAAGAUGCAUUCAAAGCUUUGCUCAAGGAUGCCCCCGACGUCACCGACAGCGAGGCGAGCGACCUCGAUGCGGACGGGGCCGACUGCAAUCCCCCGAGGCGCCGCCCUAGGGCGCUGCAGGAUGGCAGCGCAUGCGCUGGCAUCAUCGCACCAGCUGUCCGACAAGAGCGCGAGCUCAAUGUCCCUUGGUGGGAGACCGAAUGGAGGCGAUGCUGGGUUGCGCUCAACGGCCACAGGACCAAGGUGUGGUUCGAUAAUUUUGCAGGCAGGAACGGUCGUCGUCGAGCCUGGCGCAACUGCCCCACCCAUGGAUGCGGCAAGAUACGCCAAGUUUCGCACAACAGGGAUUGGCUUGUGACGGCUCUCAUGCUAUGGCACCUGCACGGCCUCGGCAACACAGGGAUCACUCGACACGACCACUUACAGUAUUGGCCGACCGAUGCCGAGGUCGAGCAUGCUUUGCAGACCGCAACGUUUGAGAAUUUUUGA